AUGAGUGAACUUAGAGAAGUUCUCACACAACCGCAGCGCAUCAAGCACCAUGAAUUGCUGCAAUUCCUGUCGAGUCAUCCCAAUGUGGAGUACUCUAUUGCGCAGCUAGACUACCUUCUGCCGCGUGGGGCCGCACUGUGGCGCUUCCCAGAAGAAUGGUUUGUCCUGAUGGCGAAAGGUGAGUGCAGCAACCGCAACAUUGAGUUGAUCAUCCGGGAUGAAGAGUCCAAAUCCGAGCCUUCUUCUUCACGUUCAUUUUUUUCUCGUCCACAGCCGGAUCGGACCUUUCUCAUCUGCCGACGACCAGAGCUCCGGUCGCUAAAGGAGCUGCAAGACCUGAUCAACACCCCGGCAAUGAUGCCCGAUCCAGAGGAAUGCGUGGGAUUGCAUACCGACCAGAUAAUUCUUUCACGGAACUUACUGCGAGACUGCCAGCGCUAUGGGAUUGCCUUUUACUUUUCCGACAAGUUUGCGAAAAAAGAGGUAAUCAGUGGUGGCGACGUUGACCCCGAUGGCGGGGUCUCCUCCCCCACCACCGCGAGGGUGGAGGCUUUAUUCAGUCAGCAGCUGCCUCUGAGUGAAAUAUCCGGUGUGGCGACGGCCGUGGUGCCCCUGCCGCGGGGUCUUCGCAUUCGGCAUAAACUUUUUACCUCGCGUGGGGUCGCGGUGGGGGACGCGCACUGCCUGCCCAUCCGUCUUCAGGUUCAGGAGCGACUUCUCGUGACCUUUGACAACGAAAACGCGGUGCUGCGGCAGGUCCCAGGCGGAAAAGACGGCCUUCAGGUGCAGUGGCGCGUUGUGGUACCUGGGGGAUCUGGGAACGCCGGCAUGAGCCCAACCACCGCUUUGUCAGGAAGCGUGGAGCCGCUAAGUAUUCGCAGCCGGAGUGUAAGCUUCGAAAAAAAGCUCCCUGCGGCGCCUUUGACGACCACGGAAACUCUUGGUAAGGAGGGAAACAUUUAUAGCUUUGGGGGUGGACAAACCAUUCGGUAUACGAAAGUUCAGUUGGAUAUCGAGGCACUUUCUGCGGUUUUCCCUCUUAAGCUCAUAUUUAUGGUUAAUGGGCAGGAAUGUAUUGUGAACAUGGAGGUUGUGGAUGUGGAUGCAACUUUUCCUGGCAUCCUUAUUGGGCGUGAGCGCGAACCGAGUAGUUUCACUUUACCGCCCGCGUAUCAUUUAAUGGAUCCUUUAGUCAUGGGGCAUGGGGUGACUUCCGCGCGAUCGGAUGUUGUGAAUGCACCACAAACAUGCACGAAUACGACUAAACUGAACGGCGAUGGUGAACCUCAAGGCACUAUCAACACAAACGCUUCGUUUUCGAGCCCGACAAAGGCGAUCGAUAGGGGUUUCAAUAGUGUAAUUCCGUGGUGGCAAAAUAGCUCCCCGUUGGUGCUGAAGGUACGCGAUGCGACCUAUCCCACGGAGGAGGCCGUGAGCACGGCGACAGAGAUUGUUUACGCGAAGCGCGCGCUUCUUCACGAAGCUCAGCUGCGUGCGGUGAGGCAUUCAAUGCGUGAAAAAAUUGAGGGCGGGGGUGAAGGCACUUCCGGACGGCGGGAUAGACGCCGCGUACGUCAUAGGCAAGAUUUGAGAAACCGGCAUAUGCUUCAUUUCGGUUUGGAUGCAUCAGUCCCCUUUUCGAAUAAGGAGGAAGGUCUGUAG